AUGGUGUCCACAGAAGCAAGAACCGAGCCCGGCGCUCAAUGGAAGCCCGAGGUUGAGGUGCCCAUCUACUCGUUAAAAGAGGUGGCCGCACACAACAAGAAGAAUGACAUGUGGAUUGUCGUCCACGGCAAAGUCUACGAUGUGACAAACUACCUCCUCGACCACCCGGGCGGCACCGAAGCCAUCGAAGAAGUCGCCGGCACCGACUGCACCGCCGCCUUCGAAGACGUCGGCCACUCGGAAGACGCGCGGGAGCUCCUCCAGCCGCUCCUCAUCGGCGUGCUCAGCGCCGAAGAAGCGGCCGCCAACAAGCCCAAGAAGGCCGUCCGCGUCGUCAGCCGGACACCCUCAUCCUCCACCACCGCCGUCGCGAAAUCCGGCUCCGGCAGCUCCAUCCCAACCGCCUUCCUCACCACCCUCACGCUCACCGCCCUCGCCGCCGCCGGCACCCGCGCCGCCAUCACCGCGCGCCUGAUCGACCCGGCCCUGCUGAAGCGCCUGCCUACUCUGCCGUCUCUCCCCGUAGCCAGCGGCCCCAACGACUUCUGGUCCGGCGUCCUCCUCAGCACCGCCGCCUUCGCGCUCGGCAGCGCCUACGCCUUCAACCGGGCGUCUGCCGCCUUCACCAUCGGGACGGGCUUCGGUCGUUACCCCUCGCGCAUCAAAGUCGGUCCCUCGACCGUCACACGUCAAGUCACCGGCUUCCUCGACGCGCACACGUACAAGCCGCUCCCGCUCGUGCGCAUCGACCAACUCUCCCCCAACACGGUGCGCUACGUCUUCGCGCUUCCGGACGAGAAAAUGGUGCUGGGGCUGCCAAUCGGCCAGCACGUCAGCAUCCGCGGCACGCUGCCCGACGGCACGCACGUCGCGCGCAGCUACACCCCCACCAGCAACAACAGCGACCCGGGCAAGCUCGAGCUGGUCAUCAAACUCUACCCCGACGGCGCGCUGACGGGCGGGUACCUCGCGAACCUGCGCGUCGGCGACGAAGUGGCCUUCCGCGGGCCCAAGGGCGCGAUGCGGUACCGCCGCGGGUGGGCGCGCCGCAUCGGCAUGGUCGCGGGCGGCACGGGGAUAACGCCCAUGUACCAGCUGAUCCGCGCGAUAUGUGAGGACCCGAAGGACCUGACCGAGGUGAGCCUGGUGUACGCGAAUCGCGGCGAGGAAGACAUUUUGCUGCGCGAGGAGCUGGAUCGGUUCGCGCGGCUGUAUCCGCGGAAUUUCCGCGUGCAUUAUAUGCUGGAUCACCCGCCGGCGGAGGGGGGGUGGACGGGUGGUGUGGGGUACGUGACGAAGGAGGUUAUGAAGGAGCGCCUACCGGCAGUGGCGGAAGAUACGAAGAUUGUGCUGUGUGGCCCGCCGGGCAUGGUGAAGGCGGCGAAGGGGAGCUUGAAGGAGAUGGGGUUCCAGGUGCCGGGCACGGUGUGCAAGAUGAGUGAUCAGGUCUUUACGUUUUAG